CAGCCUGCGAUCUGCCCUGUGCAACAUGGCCACGAUGGAGCCCCGGGGGAGUGCACGGCCCCUGCUCCUGGUCCUGCUGGCAGCCUGCCUGGCCCUCCUGGCCACCACCGUCACACUGGGGGUCUGCUACUGGCAGGUGAGCACGACGCUGGUGCAGUCCCAAGACCAACUGGCAGAGACCAGAGCAGAGGGGGACUGCAGCCAGAAAGAGCUGCAAGGCAGGGACACGGAGCUGCAGAAGGCCAGGGCAGCAGUUGGGAAGGUCCGAGAGAAGCUGGCUUGGAUGCAAGAGCAAGCCCAGGACCUGCAGGAGCAGCUGAGCAAGACUGCAGGAGCCUUGGCUUGCAGUCGGGCAGACUGCUGCCCGGAGACCUGGGUGCUGCACCAUGGGAAGUGCCUGUUCCUCUCCAAGGAAAAGAAGACCUGGUCGGAAAGCUUAGCAACUUGUGCAGCAAAUUUCUCCCGGCUCCUGGUCCUCAGGGACUGGGACCUCAUGACCAUGCUGAGCUUCUUCACCAACAUGGACACCUCGUACUGGAUCGGGUUGCGGUAUAACAGGGUCUGGACUUGGAUCGAUGGGACUCCGUACCCACAGUGA